AGAACACAAACUAGCUAGUCUAAGGUUUGAAAUUUUCUUGUCUUUGUAGUGGAUCUAUUUGUUAUCUAAGUUGUAUAAUAACUAAAUUUUUUAUUUUUAUUUUUAUUUUUAUAUAUGGAGUUAUAUAAUUCUUCAUUAGAUAUCUGCAGGGACUAUGGGGAGAUCACCAUGCUGUGAUGAGAAUGGACUAAAGAAGGGUCCAUGGACUCCAGAGGAGGACCAGAAGCUUAUUGACCAUAUACAUAGACAUGGCCAUGGAAGUUGGAGAGCACUUCCAAAGCUUGCAGGACUGAACCGGUGCGGAAAGAGUUGUCGAUUAAGGUGGACCAACUAUCUGCGUCCAGAUAUCAAGAGAGGAAAGUUUUCUGACGAAGAACAACAGACCAUCAUCAACCUCCAUUCAGUUUUUGGAAAUAAGUGGUCAAAGAUAGCAACCCAACUUCCAGGAAGGACUGAUAAUGAAAUCAAGAACUUUUGGAAUACCCAUCUCAAGAAAAAGCUUCUCCAAAUGGGUGUUGAUCCAAUAACCCACAAACCAAGAACUGAUCUUGAUUUCCUCAUGAUCAACCUUCCUCAGCUGCUUGCAACAAACUUGAGUAGUAAUAAUCCAAUGAAUUCUUGGGGCAAUGCUCUCAGGUUACAACUGGAUGCCACACAACAAGCCAAAAUCCAAUUGUUGCAAAGUAUACUUCAAACCCUAACCAGUACUAGUGGUCCACCUUCUUCCAUGGAAGCUCUUAACAUAUUGGGAUCUGUACCACUUCAUGACCAACAGCUUUAUGAAUACCUAAGAGUCUUGAAUUCUCAGUUUGAAGGAUCACAUACCAAUAGUCUCAUUGGUUUUGCUCCUAACUGUACUCAAAAUAUGAAUUCUCAGUUUGAAGUUUCUACUAGUGAUUAUAAUGAAAAUAAUCAAUUUAGUGUUGUACCAAUUGUGGAUUCAAUGCCUGCAUUGGUUUCAGCCUCACCACAGUGUUCCAUUGUCAAUCCAAUGGAUGACAGAAGCAACCCAACUCAUAUGUCCAAACCUUCAUCUACUUCAACCACCUUUGAAGCUUUGGGGGAACUUUUGGAUAAUGAAGCAGCCAAGCAUCUUGGUCUCCAUGGUCGAUCUCGUCAUAAGGAGUGCUAA